AUGUAUACACGGAUACUAACACAUUUUAUAUGCGAGCCACAGUUCCCUAUCUCACAUAGAUUAUUCCUUUUGCUGCUAGUUUACAAUUCGGGGUCUCCAAUUCAACAUGGCCUCCUUUAUGCGAUCUCCCAUCACCGAUGUUCGCCUAACUUUCAAUCCUGCUUCAAUACCACAAUCACGGAAUCACCUCUCAAGAACAUCUUUGACACAAACCUCUCCUUCAAAUUAUCACCCGAGUCGCUCCAGAACUCCUUCACUCCCUCCAACACCAUGUUGCAAUGCCUGUCGAAUGCCUUGACCUUUGCGAUCAACUUGUGGUUAUUCCUAAGACUUAUCAGAACCGUAGAUCUAUUCUUUACCGCGGUAGUCAGGAUAGACAUUGGUCCGUUAUUGAACUCGUACUCCUCGAGCUGUUCUAGCUCUGUCUGUGAGAGCUCAGACUUGACUUUGUUUAUUAGUUCGCUAAGAGGUUAG